AUGUCAACCAUACCUCCGUCCGUCUUGCAGUCGGGCCAUCCACCAACCAUCCCCCUGCCUUUCAGCUCGAAGCAACCCGCCAGCGUCACACUCUACCCGCUGUCAAACUACACCUUUGGCGUCAAGGAAACGCAGCCGGAGGAGGACCCGUCCGUCAUUGCCCGGCUGAAGCGCCUCGAGGAGCACUAUGCCGAGCACGGCAUGCGUCGAACCUGCGAGGGCAUCCUCGUCUGCCACGAGCACAACCACCCGCACAUUCUCAUGCUCCAGAUAGCCAACGCAUUCUUCAAGCUUCCUGGCGACUACCUGCUUCCCGAGGACGACGAGGUCGAAGGCUUCAAGGCCCGCCUCGACGAGAGACUGGCUCCCGUCGGCAGAAUCGGAGAAGGCGAAGAGGCCGGUGACUGGGAGGUCGGCGAGUGCCUUGCCCAGUGGUGGCGGCCAAACUUUGAGACCUUCAUGUACCCCUUUGUCCCCGCGCACGUUACGAGACCAAAAGAGUGCAAAAAACUGUACUUUAUCCAUCUGCCAAGGACCAAGGUCUUGAGCGUACCCAAGAACAUGAAGCUUCUUGCCGUGCCCCUCUUCGAACUCUACGACAACACGGCCCGCUACGGCCCGCAACUCUCCGCCAUCCCCCAUAUUUUGAGCCGAUACAACUUUCAAUUCGUCGACGAAAACGGCAACGUCGUGGCCGUCACGCCCGGGGAGGGCAGCCCAGAUGGAUACGUGCCCAAGACCAAGGUCCUGUGCGGCGAAGAUGCAGAAAUGAACGAGAACACGGAAAGCGCAACGCAGUAG